AUGUCUCAUAUUUUAUUUAUUAAUACCACUAAUUCACAACCAAUUUAUGCACAACCAAUUGCGUCUACAUUAUUUUAUACUAAUAAAGGAAAAGAUCUCUUUCUUAUUGAUUGUGGAGAAGGAAUUGCAAACCAAUUAAUUCAAAUGAAAGUCCCAAUUGAAAGAAUUCGUGGAAUUAUCAUAACCAGUUCACAAGCUAACCGUUCAAGUGGAAUAGGUGGAAUUGUUCAUAUUAUUUCAUUUUCAACAAAAGGAAAAAUUACAAUUGUUGGACCUAAAGGAAUAAAAAUGUUGGUUGAUUCUUUAUUUGAGUAUUGUGGAGAAAAAUCCCCUGAGCCAAUCAAUUAUAUAGAAUUAAAUGUAACAGAGAUAACUCAACUUAAUAUAUGUAAUAUUCAAUUCACUGUUAUUCCUUCAGUUCAUAAUAACUCAAUACCAAACUAUGGAAUUAUUUGUCAAAUAAAAAACAGACAAUUAAAUCAAAAAACAGUUGUAAUGUUUAAUGGAGAUAUAAGAAACUUUUCUCCACUGAUAAAUCAUAUUCAAAAUAAUAAAAUUCAAAUAGACAUGUUGGUAUAUGACUAUAUAAUUAAUCAAAACACAAAAAUUCAAAGAAAAUGUGAAUGUCCAACUCCUGACAUUAUAUCUAAUAUUGUUAAUGGGUGUAUUUGUCCGAGUAAAUUUGUCAUUCGUUGCUAUUCAUCAAAAUGUGUAGAGAAAGAAAUUAAUGAAAUCAUAAACCACAUCCAAAAUGAAACUCAAAUUCAAACUUUAGUUGCAUACAAUGGAACUAAUGUAACAUUAUUUUAA